CGUAUCCAUUUACACUUAUUUAUGAAAAAUUAUAUUAUUUACAAAAUAAAUCUAUAUAAACUAGAUGAUACUGUGGUGAUACCUACUUCCAGAUCUAAUAUCAAUAUGUUUCUUUUUAUUAAAUGCAUUGUCUUUUUGUUAUUUAUAUCAACCAUACUAGCCAAAGUGGACGAGACACAUCUUCCAGAUGAUCUCAAAAAGUCACUGCAAAAAUUACAUGAUACAUGCACUGAAGAAACCGGAGUGCAAGAAGAAUUAAUUGAACAACUAAAAAGUGGAAAAUUUGUUGAAGACUCCAAACUCAAAUGCUACGUAAAAUGCCUCAUGAUGAAAGCUGGAGCUAUGGACACUGAAGGAAAUAUUGGUAGUGAUGCAGCCAACAAAUUCAUCCCAUCUGAAAUCAAAAAUGGACUAAUAUGUACGGUGGUCCAUAUAUGCAACAAAAGACUAAAAAACGUGACAGAUCAUUGUGAAAAAGCUUUCUUAACAAUGAAGUGCGUACAUGAGGUUAACCCUGACGUAUUUUUCAUAGUUUAGCUCUUGCAACAUAUUCUGGGUAAAACUAUUAGUAGAAUAACCUUUACUAAUUAUUAAUAUUUUGUUUAAAUAACAAAGUCAGUACCUACUGAGCUGACAGACACGUGCAAGGAUAAUAUUGUUUAAAAUGUAUUUACAGAAUGGUACAUUUUGUUAUUUUAUAUUAUUUGUUCAAA